AUGUCCCAAUUGAGACCAGCGAAGAAACCAUUUGAAAUAACCUUGAUAGAUACAAUUGGAGGUUUUGGAGGAGCGCGAUCAACAAAAAAAUACCUACAUUUAUUGGUGGACCACUUCACUAGGUACGCUUACAUAAUAACAUCAAAAACUCAAGAUGCUACUAAUUUUAUCAAAUUGGUAAAAAGCACUUCAGAGGUGGACAAAAUAAAUACAAUCCUGGCAGAUCAAUAUCCAAAAAUCAAUUCAAAAAAAUUCAAAAAAUUUUUAAUGGAUGAAGGCAUUACUCUAAUUUUUACAGCAGUAGAUUCACCUUUUUCAAAUGGCCUAAAUGAAAGGCUAAACCAAACAUUAGUAAACAAAAUCAGAUGUGCAAUAAAUGAAAACCAAAAGAAAAGAGCAUGGACAACAAUAGCACAACAAUGCGUACAAAAAUAUAAUGAAACCAAACACACGGUCACGGGAUUUGCACCAAAAUACCUACUAGACGGUACAGACACCACAACACUACCAAUGGAACUGAAACAAAAUGUCACAGAACAUCACUGGAUACAAGAUCGAGAAACAGCUCUUAAAAACACUAUAAAAUCUCAUGAAUACAACAAAAAAUUAUUCAAUGAAGAUAGAUUACAUUACAAAUUUGAAGUAGGAGACAUGGUAUAUGUUGGAAACGGAAACAAAUUAAACAGAAAAAACUUGGACGAAUUAAAAACCGGACUAUACAAAAUUGCCGAAAAGAUAUCGAAGUCAAUAUACAGAAUAGAUACUGGACACAACAAAGAGGAAUCCAAUCUUUUCCACAUAACGAAGAUAUUUCCUGCAGAAGCAAUCAACUACGAAGAAAAUACAGCAUAUAGUACAUCUAUAAUAGAAGAAUGUAGUUAUAGUAGUAGAGAAUACUGA